AUGCACGCUCGCGGCUCCUCGUUGGGGAGGCUGCACCCUCACCCGCCUCCUUCGCUCUCGGCAUUGCGGCGUUUGCCGUCUUGCCGUCUGCCGCGCGCCUCGUCUGCCACGCUUGUCGCUCGCCCCGGUGCGCUUCUGGCCUCGACGUCUCGCCACCACCAGAGCAGCGGCGCCUUGUCGCUGGCUCUCCGCGGUGUUCGUUGUGGCGGUUGUGCCGGCGCGAGGCGGCGUUGGUACUCGUCGUCGAGUAGUGCUGGGGGCGAGGACGAAGCCAAAGCUGGCGCCAGCAACGAAGAGGAGGAAGAGCGGCCCUACUUCGAGGAGAUUGCGAACAAGGCCACCAUACUCAGCGAGAUCGACCACGCUCUUGGAGUGUCCAAGCCGCCAGCGCUGGAAUACAUCUACGUCCAGCCCGCCGUCGCGUUCCGCUUCUCGCGCAACUCUGCCUCCUCUCAGAACCCGUACGGGCACGCGGCCAUCAGGUACUCCUUCCGGUCGGAGGACGGCAAAGGCUACGAGCAGUACGUGAUGAACGUGGUCGGCCUGGCCACGCACCCGCUCAUCAACUUCCUGUCGCCGGAGGACUAUCUCUACGGCGACCCCGCGACGCCCGGUUCUGAGCAGGGCGGGGCGUACAAUAGAGCCAUCAUGGGAAUCAGGAUCGAGGAGUGGCCGGACGACAAGAUCAAGGCCAUGCACAAGCUCUUCCUUGAGAUCAAAAGGCGUAACGAGCACGAGAAAACUGCGGCAUUUUCAUUGCUUCGCUUCCCGUUCCUCAACUUCUUGCGGCUGUUCGGGGAGAAGGGCAACUGCGCCUACUGGACGAGAACUGGCCUUCCCGCCUCAUUGCCAACCUUUGGCGCUAGUAAGGGGAUCGUGGAAUCGGGCCUGCUCGCGAGACCUACCAUUUGGCCCAAGUACAUCUUCAUCAAGCUGUUCCUCCAAGUUGGACGCGUGCUGCCGCCACGCGAGGUCAACAUCGUCCAGUACAAGAGCCUGAAGAGAAAGCAGCCCAAAGGGUGGCUCACCCCGAUCUACUAUCUCCUGGGCCAGGUGCUCCUCGACCACGACCAGUACGCCAAGUGCGUCGCGCGAGCUAACAACAACAUUCCACGCAUGCAGGGCGAGUUCUUCGAUCUGGGCACAUUGGCCAACGCAGUCGUAAAGAUAAGCCCCGUCAACAACAAGGCCGUGGUGCAAACCAAGGCCCCGGACCACCCCUUCUGGGCCAAGAUGCGAGACGCCACCGUGACUGGCUCUGCUCCCUCCACGCCCAAGCCGUUGAACUAG